ACCAGUGGAUUAAGUCUUCAUCCACCUUAAGGCCCAGUAAGCGUGAGAAGGAAGAAAGGAGAAUUAGAGAACACCAAAGUUCGGACGUGGAGCACAAUUAAGAGGAUUGCAAUUAAGUCUAUACCUUCUGCCCUGUAAUGAGAGGAUUAUGAUUGUAUUAUUAUGGACAGAAGAUGCCAUUACUCAUACUGAAGCUCCUACUCGUAAUAAGUGUUCUUGUCAAUAAAACCAACAGCAUCACCAUCACCAGACAGCUAGGCCAGGCAGACAUAUUCACUGUCCCAGAUUGUAAGCAGGCAAUCUGUGUGGCAUACCAAGCCGAGGCAUACAGGACAUGUGAGUGCCAGUGUGACAGUGCGACACCCACAUAUUACGAGUCCCAAGAGAUCUGUAUCAGUAAACUCACUGAGUGCCAAGACAUAUACUUGAAAGACAGAAUAGAUAGGAUAGUGCCAGUUGUUUUACCUCUAACAGGGCAGACAGUUGCACCAUAUGUUCCAUUGUACAGAAAAGAUGGCUCUUCCCUGAGUCCCUUGGGUCAGUAUUCUUGUUCUUUGACCUCUGUGCUUCAUUUGACCAAUGACGGUUGGAUCACAUUUAGCAAUCCACAGAGUAAAGUCGGAUUUAUCAGCUACAAAAACGAGAGAGAUGGGAACAUCUAUUUACAGUGGAAAGGUGAUAGUGAGUUAGCAGCUCAGGUGACCGGGAGACUGGUAAAGGUAGCCUGGGAGUGUUCUCAGUUUACACAGGAACAGUGUAUUACAGUGAAGAUUACAGGAACACAGGAUACAGAAGCCAUGGCAACUCUGACCAAUGAGCAGUUGAUUCUCAUCAUCAGUGGCAUCGUAGCAUUUGUCGUCCUUGCCAUAGCUGUGAUGGUCUGCGUUUGUGUUAUACUGCACAGGAACAGGAAAGAUAAGCAAAAGCUCAUCAAUUCCACCCUAAGCAAAGAAAUGUUUGUUCUGAGGUCACCUGGGGAGUACCCUACUGGCUCAGUAGGCAGUGCAGCCAAUCCUCACAAUGGGGAUAAAAUUCAACUCAUAAAUGGAGCAGAUACUUUUCCCAGGGUGAAAACCACCCAUGAGAAAAAAUACUACAAAAAGGGAGAACAGAGGGUAAUUGAGCGUGUCACUCCAGACGGACAAAGCGUGGAAGGCAGAACAGUUUACGAUGUGCGCCAUUACUACGACAGCUGGCACAGAAUGCAGAAUAAAUUUGGAAGCCAGUAUAAAGCUGGUGUUGCUACGGUGAUGAGGCCAGAGCAUCACAUGGCUCUGGAUAAUUCAGAGCUGUCAUCUGAAGCAGCUGCCAACCUGGCAAAUCUGUGGUCUGGGGGGCCUGGAAGUUCUGGUUCUAGCCCAGAACGCCAUCAGGAUGGAGGAGUAGUGAAUGAGGGAUACAUACCAUAUGAUGGAAUGGCUGUGAGCAUCCCCACCUCACAUCACAAAGAAAGUUCCCCAGGUCACAAGAGUGCAGCCUUAUUCCAAGCACCAGAUGAUGGUCUAAACUCCAUGUCUUUGGAGAAGGUGACUUCAUUUUCUAAGGACGGCACAUCAGCUGUAACAAAAUGCAGCAAAAAUCAUAGCACAGUGGAAGUGUCUGUGGAUUUUUCCAGUGACACCUCAACAAUGCAAUCCCAAGAUGCUGCUCAAAAGCGACAACGUCAAGACAGGACCCCUCCUCCACCCGCGCCUCUAAAGCCCAGUCUGAAGAAACCCAGUCCAGCACGUGAGGAAGCAGACACAUCCACACAGGUCAAAGUCAUGGCAGAUGUCCACUCCUCCAGUCAGAUAGAGAGGGAGGAACACAGAAAUGCUUCAUUACGAUCCAAUGGGCACGGACGCCCCUGGACAGACAAGAAAAAAGACACAGACAACAGAGUGGCAGCUGCAGUGGCCAAAAUUAACAGUAAAAACAGUAAAAAUAGUAAAAAGGACAUUAACUCUAGGAAUUAUGUUCCUGAGAGAUAUGACAUUCCUGUGACAAUUAUUGAUCUCCCCGAUGGAAAUGGUGAUAUCUCAGUGUCCCCAAUUCAAGGGAACCCUGGUGACGAUGUCCCUGUCACCGUCAUUGACUUGCCAGAUGAGCAGUCGUCAAUAUUUAACGACAGCAACUGGAGCUACUCGAUUGAAGCCGAAAACAAAGACACUCCUUUGCAAAGAGAACAGAGGAAACCAAAGAAUCAUGGUGACUCGAAAAAUCAGAGUGAUCCUGGGUCACCAUCAUGGCGACCAACUGUAUUGGGUUAUCCGUGGACACAGACUGAUUCUAAUGAUACCAGUGAUAGUGUGCAAAUUGGGCCUGGGUCUAUGCAAAGAGUUAUGACAAGCACACCUCGGAGAGAUGCUCCCUCUCCACCAUAUGAAGAUAUGACUCCGUCCUUUCCACAGAACAGUGUAACUGACACUGGAGUGGAUAAUAACGAUGCACCAUCAUCUAUUGAGACUAAUGAUAUUGCCAAACCUUCCUUGAAUAAUUUAGACACAUCACCAGAUGGUGCUGCAAUUGUGCCUCAGCAGAUGACCAAUCAUCAUGAGUUUAACAUUCCUACUUCAACAGCUGAGAUUCCAGCCAGGAGGAGCCCUGUUCCUGCCAAGAAGAGAAAACCCCAAAAGAAAUCAAUCUUCAACUUCAAGGGUGGAAAAAAAGACAAGAAGGAAAAACAACAUAAAAAGGGGCAUGGAUCUAAAUCUGACUCUAAAUUCGACCCCUCUCAUGCGGACAGAGUAAGGAUAAGUACCGAUCCAAGUCCAGUUCGCUCUGACCAAUCAUCUUGGAUGAAUCCGUCACCAGUUCCAGACCCAGCUGGGCCUGUGCUUGUUAAACGUAAUGGCGAAUUGAUUGAUAGAAGCUAUGCACCUUUGGCAGGUAGAAACAGUCUGAGUGCAGAUGAACUGGAGAGAUAUCAGGCAGGGGUGGGGAUACCUCCAGCAGACAUGGAACGUGACAUUUCAGAGAAGAGGAUGCCAUCUAGUGGAAAGAGCUCUCCGAGUGGUUCAGGAAAAAAUAAGAACCUUUCCUUUGGUGUUGUUGAGUUUAUACCAAAUCAAAACAUGUAACUUUGAGGUGUUUACCUGUAUAAAAGUGAUUAAAAGGUGUACUUUAAACAGGAAGUGAUAUUUUAAUAUCGGAAGUUAUAAACUGUAGUCAAAUAAUAUACAUUACAUUGUUCUAUUUUUAAUGUACAUGGCUUUUUAUAGUAAUAUUGUAGAAUACUCAAUUAAAACUCUAAGAGUAUUUUCAUGUAUCAAGUUCAAUUAAAAUUGAAAUACUAUGACAGUUACCUAUACUUCAGUGGUAAAAUAGUUUAUAUUCAUUGUUACAUUGCUAAAUCAAGUACUAGUAUCUAGUAAACAAAAUAAGACAUUGUAGUCCAGAAUACAUGUACAAUUUAAGUUUCACCCUUUUACUGAAUAAUUUUUAUUUACUUAUUCUGGUCCCAAUUGAAGCUUUAUAUCAUAUAUAACUUUAAUGUAAACGAGAUGUAUACUUGUGGUUUGGACUGAUUUACACCAAUUCUUAAAAUAUACCUAUGAAACUUUGCUCAGUUAUCUCUUCUGUAGAAUAAAACACUAUUAAACAUAUGGCCUUAUUGCCACAGAAGACAUAUGGUGUAUAAUUUAAAUUUAUGUAUAAUUAAUAGAAUAUUUCUAUUGUUUUGUGAUUUAUUUUAGAAAUGAUUUUAAAUGAGAUUAGACAGAUAUUAAAUAAUUACAUAAAAUCAGGUUAUUGAGAUUAGAUCAAUGUCACUGUAGAGAUUUUUCUUUUAUAAGUUUCACAAAUGAGAUUGUAAUUAUUAUAAUUAUGCCUAGGAUAUAUAUUUUAAAGUGGAUUGUUUUCCCAGAGUUUGCAAGUUAAAGAGAUCCAAUUAGAUAACCUUAAAAGUGAACUGAUAUUAUGUUAAAUAUCUAUUCAGAAACUGAUUGUCAUCAAUGCCAGUCCAAAGGACAAUGUAAAAUUCAGCCACAAAAUAAUAACAUGUUAUCCAUAUCAUUGCCUGCAUACUUUAGAAUGCAACUAGCAAGGGUAGACUGUUGUUUAUUGUUUUAAUAUAUUUAUCUUUAGUUUAUCUGUGAUCUCUCAACAGCAUUUUCUUUGAUUACAUUUCAUUGUGUUAGCUGUGUUAAAUGAGUAAAGUAAUAUGAUCUCCUGAGGCCAAAGAGCUCAAGUUGAAAGUUGGCCUCAAUUUUAAGCAAGGAAACCAAUCUAAUUUGACCCAGGAUAAGUUUGUAUUGGUUCCCUUAUAUAAGAAUAUUGGGGCAGUUUCACGAAGUAGGAGGUGGCAAACUUUUUUACUUUGACAGUUGGUAUUUUAGUGAACUACAGAACAGAUUUAUAUCCUGCUUC